AUGUCUCAUACACAAGAGCACACCUCACUGUGGUGGCCUGAGGAGCGAAUCAAGGCCACCCUCAAUGCCAAGUACAUCGUCAGCCGCCUGCAGCCGGAGAACAUCCCGCGCCUCUUCGAAUUGCCGGACUGGGGUGAAGGCUUGACCAGCGAGACGUACAUGGAAUGGAUCCUCCUCAAGGCUGGUCGGGUAUUUCUGAUCCUCGACGCGAUCGGAAUUCCCGAUCGCAUCUUCGCCCUAGUCAACGAGUCGUGUGACGAUGACGACCUCCCCGUCGCCGAGCACAGUAUCGACCUAUUACGUCUGUCGCCGUACGGAGAAGAUCUCGCCCUCGAUACCCGUUUUUUCCAUGCGCAAUGGCGGUAUCUGGUGCGUGGAAUUGCCGAGGGAGAACAUGUCGUAUAUACGGAGAACGAGGGCGUCCCCGUCGAGGCGGUGCGUACCAGCACCGCAAGUGGCGUGCAUGGCCGCGACGACACAGUGGACCGGGUGGUUCUCGCCGGCUCCCACUGUCGGGUUUAUAUGCGGACGCAAGUCCAGGUCGGCGGUGCGCCCCAUUUCUUCUCGGCGACUGAGGUCCUCGCCGAGAUUCGCAAGCUGCGGAAGUUAUCCCAUGAGCAUCUCGUCUCGGUGUAUGGCUCAUACCUCAAGGAGGAUAAUGUCUGCAUUCUCUUCACCGGGGCGACGGCGGAGCGAAACCUGUACAGUUUCCUCACUGAUGAACCGUCCACCUUUAAACGUCUGCCCAAGGAGCAACGCCGUCAGACCUUGAUCGCCUGGCCACACUGUCUGGCAUCAGCAGUAUCCUGGCUGCAUUCUCGUGGUCACUCCCACGGCGCAAUUCGCCCAUCCAACAUCUUCAUCGAUGCGGACUUCCACAUCUGCCUGGGUCAGUUCCAAGCCCUCGACUCACUGCUCGCUCCACCCCAUGUCAACGAUCUGGAGGCGUACAACUAUUCAGCGCCGGAGCGAUGGACCCGCGCCCCAGCCCCAGCCAUACCACAAAAGCCCCAGCCAGUGCAAACCAUCCAAGCAUCCGGAGGCCGUACAAAACGCAGACAAAAGCCAACCCGCCUGGCUCUCGCACCACUGAGCGAAAACCCACGCUCAUCACCAGACCCUACACGACCAGACUCGGCCGCCUCAAAAGGCACCGUCAUCCGCAUAGGUCUCCCGGGGUCUCCAUCACGAUUCUCAAUAGCAUUUUCAUCAUCAUCGUCGUCGACAGCCUCAACAGCCUCAUCCAGCUGCAAAGAACCUACCAGUGAAAGAAAACACCGCCUCUCAUCACUCUGGUCACGACGCAAUCCACCAUCCAUCACCUCAAAUUCCUCAUCCUGUACAUCAUCCACAACCCCCUCAAUCCCAUCCCCAUCCUCCCUCAACCCAAACAGUCCCACAAACCCAUCAAGCCUCACCCCAAUCCCCCUCCGCCACUCCCUCUCCACCCAAUCCUUCACAAGCUUCUCAUCCCUCCGAACCAAACACACCACCACCUCAAACCCCCCCUCGAACCCCCCCUCAAAUCCCAAUCCUGACCCCCCUCAACCUCAACCCCCCUCCUCCCCAGCAGACCUCUUCUCCCUAGCAGCCACAACCCUCGACAUCCUCACAACCCUGCACAAACGCACCCUCCAAUCCUUCAGCACGCACCGCAGCGCCCGCAACCGCAGCGCCGGCCGCGGCGGCGGAAUAGCAGACGCAAGCUUCCAUCUCCCCCGCAACGCAGUCCAAGUUCAGAGCUGGAUCGCGCUUUUGGAAGGCGACGCGCUGAAGCGCUGUCGGAGAGAUAGGGGCUCUGAUGCGGCGUUUUGGGCUGUGCCGAGGAUGUUGAUUGCUGUUAGGGCUAUGUUGGAUUGUGAGGCUGGGAAGAGGCCUGUUGCGAGGAGAGUUAGGAGGUGUUUUGCGGCGGCUGUUGAGAGGGGUGGGGGGAGGGGUGUUUUGGGGCUUCAUUGUGUUGGGAAGGAGAGGGGUGGGAAGGAGAAGGGUGGGAAGGUGGGAGAGAAUGAUGGUGAGGGUGUUGUUGUUCCGUCUGAGUCGGCUUCGGAGUUUGAUUUUGGAUUUGGGGAUGCUAGCGAGGGUGAGAGUUUUGUUGAUGAGGAUGAGGAUGAGGAUGGAGAAUCGAACAUUGAUUAUGUUCGAGAGUAUGAAGUGCUUGAAGACAAGGGGGCUCAAGAUGAGAUACAAACGGAGAGUGAAGAUGAACAGUAUGAGUCCGAGUAUGACUCUGAGCCUGACAUACGAGUCCAGCAGGACUCUCCCCAGAUAUAUCUGCCGGAGCUGGAUGUGAACAUCACAGGGAUCGAGGGAUUGACGUUUAAUGAUUUUAAUCGGUGA